CAAUCGUUAUUUAUUUAUAACACAGUGCUCUGAUGUGGACAUAAAAUAAUCAAAAUGAUUAACGAUUUUUCGGAUAAUACUGCUCUGACAGAUAAAGUAGAGAAACGACUGCGAAUUAUUCUCAAUGAAGGUUCUAAAAGUAUAAUGGACUUCAACAAUAUGAAACCAGAAAUACCGCCCUUUUAUGACGAGAAGAAAUUUCAGUUAGGACAGCAAGCCUUUCAUAAUAAUAUAUUCUCUAUGAUGAUUGCAAAACUUUGCGGCCUUGUAUCUCUUCUAGCGAUUUCAACCAUAUUGGAUGUAGUUAUGUUUACCAAAAAAAGCGGUACUCCUUGUUUAGCGUAUCGCAGAUAUGCAGAGACGGUGCUUCAUACAUGUGUAUGGCAUGAAAAGGAUCCCAACGGCAAACCAAAUGAAUUUUUAGAAUCCCUAAAAAUUGUACGUCGAAAACAUUGUGUUGCGUUCAGAAGAAGCACCAAGGCUGGAGUUCAUAAGCCAACGCAAUUGGACAUGGCACUCGCCCAGUUUGGAUUUAUCGGAUACAUUAUUGUGUGUGAGAAAUAUGUAGGAAUAAGUGUCACUCCUGAAGAAAUGGAAGGUGUAGUGCAUCUCUGGAGGGUUAUUGGUAGUAUGCUUGGAAUGGACGACAAAUUCAAUAUCUGCGCGGGUACUGUUGAAGAAACUCGUGCUCUUUGUCAAAGAAUAUUAGAAGAAGUUUUCGUUCCUUGCUUAGCAAAUAGAAAUAAGAACGAGCAUUUCAAUCAGAUGGGUAAUGUGUUGCUGCAGAGUCUCUGGCAUAUCAACUUUGGUAUUGAGCCACUAGCGUACACUGCUUUCACACUUCAUAUGAUUUCUUCGACUGCGCGCAACAAUAAUCAUUCCAUCGAAAUUGAUACUUCAUCUAUGCCGUUUUACAGCUGGUAUAUGUUCAACACGUAUCACUUUGUGUUGAAAUAUUUAAUGCGACCUGAUGCUUGGUGGUCUCCAUUCUUUCGUGCGAUUUUUAAUAGUUUAAUGCGUUUAUCAAUUUAUAGUACAAAAUAUUUUUCCAUUUCUGCUUACUUAAAAUUCGGGAAACAGUACACAAAAGUCAAUAUAUUUAAUUAUCAUUUUGAUUGA